UUUCAGGAAGUAGACUCGUUCGUUGGCGCGGUGAAAUGAACCGCCGAGUGUAACGCGCCGACGACUCAAGUCUGAGAGAAAAACGGGUCGACGGCGAACCUCUUUUCGGCCGGACGCCAUGUCGGACGGUUUGGACCGGUCCGCGCGGGUCGGCCUGAUGAAGGAGCCGCUGGUGAAGAAGCUCUGUGAGGUGUUGGACAAGUCCAGCAGCAAAGGAUGGCGGAGGCUGGGAGAGAUAGUCGCCAGUGACAGACGGUUCAGAGUCAGCCCGGACGACAUGGAGAUGUGCUCCCUGAAGGUGCUGGAGCUGGAGGGAAGCCCGAGCCGCACGCUGCUGAGGCUCAUGGGGGAGCGAGGCUGCACGACGGGUCACCUGGCCGACUACCUUCAGACUCUGGGCAACACGGACGCCCUGCAGUGCCUGAAACCGGCGGCCCUGCAGAUCCUCAUUCAGCCCCAGUCGGUGGCUCUCGUAUGUGGACACAAUCUGCGCCUGAGCUGCCACGCCGUGGGCAAAUCACCAGUUCAGUACCAGUGGUUCAAGAGCAAGGAAGAGGUGCCGAACAGCUUCUCCUCGGACCUGGUGAUAAGUCCGGUCUAUCUGAAGGACGCCGGCUUCUACAUCUGCAGGGUCAACUGCGGGGGGGCCUUUGAGUUCAGCCAGUGGGUCCAAGUGGACGUCCUGGAUGUCAGCGUGUCAUGCGGGCAGGGUUAUCAUUCCCUGGAGGGUCGGCUGAAGUUGGUGAUCCAGCCUCAGUCCCAGCGGACGUACGUUGGGGAAACCCUGCAGUUGGAGUGUGGAGCCGUGGGACGCCCGGUCCCUCGAUACCAGUGGCACAGAAACGGGGUCCCGCUACCCAACGCCACCAGGAGGAAGUUAGUGAUCCCUCACUCGAUGCAGGAUCACGGCGGCAGGUAUCGCUGUGAGAUCAGCAGCAGCACCGAGAGGAUGUGGACCAACGAAGUCGACGUCGCUAUCGCACCCAGGAUAUCCGUCCAGAUAUCAGAGGCAAUGGAGUGCUCUGAAGAUGAUGUUUACGCCAUUGGAGGAGUUUUAGGAUCAAGCGAGUUUCUCCUGAAUAACGUCCCGGAACAGCUUUUCGCCACGGACAAGGUGGCGCUGCUGAUCGGCAACCUGUCCUACCAGAACCACCCGCGCCUCAAGGCUCCCAUGGUGGACGUGUACGACCUCACCAACCUGCUGCGGCAGCUGAACUUCCAGGUGGUCUCCCUGCUGGACCUCACCGAGGCGGAGAUGAGGAACGCCGUGGACGAGUUCCUGUCGCUGCUCCACAAGGGAGUCUAUGGUCUGCUGUACUACGCCGGUCACGGAUACGAGAACUACGGCAACAGCUUCAUGGUGCCGGUGGACGCGCCGAGCCCGUACCGGUCGGCCAACUGUUUGUGUGUGCAGAGCAUCCUCAAGCUGAUGCAGGAGAAGGAGACGGGCCUCAAUGUCUUCCUGCUGGACAUGUGCAGGAAGAGGAACAUUCACGACGACAGCGCUCCGAACAAUGUCCUGAGGGUCACGGCGAACAUUGUCUUUGGCUACGCCACGUGCCAGGACGCCGAGGCUUUCGAGCUGAGCUCCAGCGGCCUCACCAACGGCGUGUUCGUCAAGUUUUUGAAGCGGCGCCUCCUGGACGACGAGAAGGUCACGGUGGUGCUGGACAGAGUCGCCGAGGACAUGGGUCAGUUUGAUGCCACCAAGGGAAAGCAGGCUCUGGAGAUCCGCAGCAGUCUGUCGGAGAGGAGGGCGCUGACCGAUCCCAUCCUGCCCGGCGACAGCGCCGAUCUCGCUCACGCUCGCAGCCUCCAGUGGGCGAAGGCUCACGAGCUCCCUGAGAGCAUGUGUAUGAACUUUGACUGCGGCGCUCAGAUCAAGUUGGGCUUCGCUGCAGAGUUCUCCAACGUGCUCAUCAUCUACACUCACAUCGUUAAGAAGCCAGAGGACAUGUCCUUCUGCCAGGCACACGUCACCGACUUCUCACAGGACCUGGACGUUGAUCCUAAGGAGAUGAACAGAGAGACUCCAGAGGAGACGGGGAUCUACCUUCUGUCCAGCAACUUGCCGCAGCACUGCCUCUACACCCGAGUCAGCUCACUGCAGAAGCUGCGGGAGGAGCUGGUCUUCACCGUGUGCCUCCAGGGCACCUUCACCGCCAUGGACGACGAACCCGUCCACUGGACCAAGAGCAUCGACAUCGGCAAGCCGCUGAUCGCCCGGCUGGACCUGAACCGGGCCGUGCGGCGGAACAGCUGCCUGCAGACCUGCCUGAUGCCCCACAGCCCGUCCCACAGCCCCUGCCACAGCCCCGGGCCCGAACACCACCUGCACCACCACCACCCCCACCACCACCAACACCGCGGGUCGCCGCAGGACCACAACCGCCUGUUGCCACAAAACCACUACCUGGACGUGUGCGAGCAGCAGGGAGCGGCGGGGGUCUGCGGGGACCCCUUCUGCGUGGGCCCGUCUCACUCGGAACCCGCGGGCGACUCCAGCUGGGGGCUCUCGAGCUCCCCGGGGAGGCUCAGCAUCCCCAUAGAGGCCACGGACGACAUCAACGAGCUGCAGACGGUGUUCAUCAACAGCCUGCAGCUUCAGCCGCAGUGACAUCAACAUCUACACAUAGCUGCUUCUAUCUUUUAAAAAAAAGAAAAUAUUAUAUUCUUCUAGUUAUCAGCAUUUUGUGCCUCAACAAACUGUAUCCUGGCUUAUAAAAAGUUGUGUAAAUAUAUGUGAAGACGUUUGAAUGGUGUCAAUGUACCAAUAUGAACAACAAGGUGAAAAUGCUGGAAGAUCAGAUAUGAAUAUAUACCUCUUACUAAUAUUUGUAUAACAAUAUGAGCUAAAUAUGCACAGAUGGAAGCAUCAAGGUGAUACGUGUUGAAGCAUUUUGUUCAUACCACGAGUCUAAAACAUUUGAAGUCAGUGGGAAUAUGUUUUGUAAUAUAAUCAUAUUAAAAUCUUCAAGCCAUUUUCCACACAGUUGUUCUUCUUCUCACUAGAAG